UCACAAUUCUGCAAUUUUAUUAAAGCUAAAAUGAAUAUUCGGAGUGUAUUUUUUGUACUUCUAGUCUCAAUGUUUAUUCUGUUCGGUGAUGCAGAAAACUGCUGCAGCGAGUUGAACUAUCUGCAAUCACUGUGUGGAAAUUAUUGCCUUGAAGCUAUAAAACCUGCCUUAAAUAAAAUGCAAGACUUACAGAGCGAACUGGAUGACUUGAAGAAUGAGUCAAGGAACAGUUUCACGGAAUUCGGAAAACUAAUAGAUUUACAGAAUGGAAAUUUUGCAAAUUUUCGUAAUGUAACUGAAACAAAUAAAUAUGUCGAACAACAGCUACAAAUUGCAACAGAGAGAAUACAACAGCAAUUACAAAAGCAAGAUGUAAAGUUCCAGCAAAUGCUUAAGAAUCUGGAAGAGCAAAAAGCAUUAGCACCUUUUCAGAAAAUUGGUUCAAAAUAUUAUUAUAUUGAAGAAUCAGAAGAAGUCAAUUGGUUUGGUGCACUUAACAAAUGUCGGGCGAUAGGUGGACAUUUGGUUAGUUUUGAAAAUCUAAAUGAACUCAACGCAGUCAAGAGAAAACUGCAAACUGGAAAAGAUUAUUGGAUUGGCAUUUAUGAUUUAGCUGACGAGGGGCAAUUUAUUUCAGUAGCAACAGGCAAAAUGCCGACGUAUUUCGAUUGGACAUCAGGUGAACCAAAUAAUUUGGGUGGUGUUGAAGAUUGCGGUGAAUUGAAUUCGUAUUAUGAAUACAAAAUGAAUGAUGAUACAUGUACCAUAAAACAAUUGUUUAUUUGCGAAUUUAGGAAUUAAUAUUAUUAAAU